CAGGUAGAACCAGGUAGAACCAGGUCUGGAGACAGGUAGUCCUCAGCUCUGGAUCAGUGUCCUUAUGGGUGUUUGUUUGAGUUCAACGAGGCGUUUCUUUAAUGAGGUUCUGAAUGUAGUCUGGUCUGGUCUCUCAUAGAGGGCUGUUCUCAGUCUGAGGUAGAACCAGGCUGGUUAACUACUAGUCUGUGUUUACUGGGUCUAGAACCAGGUAGUCCCGGGUCAAACCCCGUUCUUAAGUGUCCUUAUCGGUGUUUAGAUCCGGUCUAGAUCUAGACUUUUGUUGAAUGAGGUUUUGAAUGUAUUUUGACUGACAGAGAGACUAAAACUAGACCGGGUCUCAGGCUUAAAACCCAGUUUGAAUGUAGUCCGUCCCAGUUUUCGCCUGGUGUCUAGAAGCAGGUAGUCCAGUUAAAGUGUCCUUAUCGUUUAGUUCUGGUUCAGGUUUUGUUGGACUCAGGUUUAGUGGGGUCUGAAUGUAGUCCGGUCUGGCUUCCAUAGAGGGCUGACUGUAGACAGUCUGGGGUUAAAUGUAGUCGGACCUGGUCUGUUCUGUCCUUGUGAAGACAGUCGGUGUUGGUUCUGGACUCUGUGGGUUUUUGGUGCUGGUCUUGGAUGCAGUUAGUCCAGGUCUAAGCGGGGUUUAGUCCCAGGUUUAGCUCAUGAUGGCAGAGCUCCACCAGACUCCCACCUCGCUAUGCUGCUGCCGUAAGUCCCUGCCGGUCUCUGGGGCCCGGUGUGUCGGGGACUCGGAGCGACCCUCGGCGGGUCCGGGUCCGGGUCCCGGGACCCCGCGGUGCCCUCUGGUGGACGUGGCCUCGGCGUCUAACUUCCGCUGCUUCCAGCUGCGUCACCUCCACCUGGACCUGCGGCUCAACUUUGCCGUGAAGGAGAUGAGCGGCUGGUUGGUUCUGGACCUGAUCCCGGUCCAGCCGGGGGUCCACACCCUGGUCCUGGACUCCCACCCCUCCCUCCUCAUCCACUCCAUAGACUGUAAAGUCCCCGGCGCCGGGCAGGAGGAGCCGGUCUCCCUCACGUACCGGGUCGACCCGUUCACGGACUACGGCUCCUCGCUGAACAUCAGCCUGCCGUCAGCGGCGCUGAAACCGAGCCGGCUGAUCCAGAUCACGGUCCGCUACGCCACCACGGACGGACCGGCGGUAUGGACGCCACAAUACUAUUAUAUAUCACUAUUAUACA